CCCUAGGUGGAGGAUAAUGUGAAGGAAAAUCUCAGUGACCCUGAGAGGGUAUGGAAUAUUGUGGAUAUUUUUUUUCUGUCUGGUAUCAUGUAUCCCAUAUCUAGUUAUCAUAUUGUUAGUGCAAAUGUAAUUUAGAAGGAAAAUACACACGUGCGUAUCUUGACCAGGUGUACUAAUUAUUUGUGAAGUUGUGACGUAAGUUUCUGGACAUUUCUCUACAUUUGCUGUUGCGAUUGUCAACAGUGUAGACUGGUUUGGUCCUGUAAAUUGUGCUGGCCUGCACGAUGAGCUGUAUCCGAACACUUUUACUUGUGCGAGAACCUGUUUUGUUUGCCGUAACCAGGAAAGAGCUCAUCAGAUUUGCAGUGAAAUGCACAUCUUCACAACUUCAAGUUCUAGCCAGAUGCACCCAGAAUGUUGCUUCUUGCACACCAAAAACCUUCCACACCAGUACAUGGGCUUCAAUGACAAAACCAACUGUCUGGACAAAUAAAAAUGACAAAGGCAAAGACUCUAGCAACAAAGCAUUGGUUACUUACGAUGACUUGUUUGAAAAAGCUGGCAAGGAGAGUAAAACAAAGGCUACCUUUAAUAAGGUGCUAGAUGUUUUUUGCAGGAAGGACAUCCGCAGGAGAGGGCAUGUUGAGUUCAUUUAUACAGCUCUAAGAAAAAUGCCCGAAUUUGGAGUUGAGAGGGACAUUACAGUGUAUAACAAAAUUUUGGAGAUCUUCCCCAAAGAAGUGUUUGUGCCUCAUAAUUUUAUACAACGAAUGUUCAAUCAUUACCCAAGACAACAGGAAUGUGGAGUUGAAGUACUGGAACAGAUGGAAAAUUAUGGAGUCAUGCCAAAUACUGAGACAAAAGUUCUGCUGAUUCAGAUUUUUGGGCGAAAGAGUCAUCCGGUACGCAAGUUUCAAAGGAUUUUGUAUUGGUUUCCAAAGUUUAAACAUGUCAACCAGUACCCUGUGCCAGAUCAUUUGCCAGUUGACCCUGUGGAUUUAAGCCGCAUUUGUCUUCAGCGGAUUGCUGCUGAUAUGGAUGCUAAAGUUACUGUUUAUCAGAUGCCAUCGCUGAAGGUUUCAGAAGAUGGCCAGAUUACCACACAGUCGCAUAUAGUAGGUAUUCAGAGUCCUGAUCAACAGUGUCUGCUAGCCAAACACAACCCAGAGAGGCCAGUAUUUUUAGAAGGGCCUUUCCCACUGUGGCUGAAGGCAACUUGUGUUUAUUAUUACAUUCUCAGGGCAGAUCCCUUGCCUCCAGGGGAAAAAGAAGAAGAAAGAAUAGAUCCAGAAAGAAACUUUUAUUACCCAAUGGAACUUGAUUUUGAUUUAGAAAGAGACCUUGGAGAUGACUUGGAGUAUGAUGUUGAUGAAGUGGAGGAAGGUCCUGUCUUUGCCUUGUGUAUGGCUGGUGAUGGAGAUCAAGCUACUUUGGCAAAGUGGAUCUCAGGUUUACAAUGGACUAACCCAGUUCUGGGACGAACACCAGUCAUUUUCCGCCUCAGCUCUGGUCUACAUGAGCUCCAGACUGUAACUGAAUCUGACCACAACAAUGUUGAUGAAGUCUUGCUUAACCAGAAAAUGAAGCAGUAAUUCAGACUUUACAAAGACCACAGUAAACAUCUACUUUACAUUUUAAUCAACUUAGAGUUGGUCCUGCAAGUUUACAGGUCCUGUCUUACUGUACUGAGAAUUUUGAUGCAGUUAAGAGAGAAAAGAAAAGAGCUUCUGCUUUAAUUUGGCUUCAGAAGUUUCAAGAUUGUCAUGAAAGACUGAACCUCUGGGACAUAAUUAAUCUAUCUUGGAGCAAGGAGGAGGAUUCACUCUGUCCGAGUGCAGCUACUGGAACUUCAUUGUGAUGUUAUUUGGUGUUUAUUUUUUCAUUAGAUCCAUAAAUACAAAUUCACUGACUGUGAUGAAUAUUAUAUGCACAUGCACACAAAAUAUAGUUCUGGUUAAAAAUGUU